GGAUGACGGGUAACGGAGAGAUGGGAGGAUGACGGGCAACACCGUACACUGUCCCUUGCAGGUCUGGAACCAAUGUCACUUGAGCCAUUGGAGGAGUGUAGGCCAGCAGAUGUCUUCAGAGAGAAACAUGGCCAAUCUGCAGCAAGAAGCUGAUCAGAUCCCUCUUAUGCUUGCAAUUUAGUGACAAUGACUUCUGUGAUGCUGCUGCAGUUCAGCAGCACGCUCAAAAGGGAUGGAGUCAGAGAAAUAGGCUAAUAAAUAAAAGAUAUCGUCCAAUGGGAGAAUGGAAUGAACAAACUAGGGGAGUAAUAACAUGCUUUUAUAUGUGCUAAGUUAUUCUGUGCAAUUCAGUAAGUAUGUGAUCUAAAUUAUUUGGGUGUCCGGAACCCUUUGCAAUUAUAUGCUUCUCAUAUCAUAGUUGUCCAUUUGCCAAAUUUUAAUUCCUCGGUGGAGAGUAGGUCUGCUAUAAUUUGUCUCCAUUUUCCAUGAUGUCA